AUGGCUGGCGAAAAGAUCGAUCUAACACCCGAAAACUUCCUUAAUUCUGCGCUCAUUAUUCUCCAGGUAAUCAAAGGAUGGGAUAUCGGUGUCGCAUCAAUGAAGAAGGGUGAGAAAUGCGUGCUAACGUGUCGUGCUGAUUACGCCUACGGAGAAUCCGGAAGCCCACCGAAGAUUCCCGCUGGUGCUACACUAAAUUUUGAGGUUGAAUUACUUCGAUGGCAAGGCGAAGAUAUUUCACCGGAUCGUGACGGAACUAUAACACGUUCCAUAAUUGUUGAGGGAGAGAAAUAUUCGAGUCCUUCCGAGACAUCAACCGUGAAAGUUAAUGUGGUUGGUAGCCAUGAAGGACGCGUGUUCUUUGAGAAAGAAGUCAGUUUCAUCCUUGGUGAAGGCUCUGAGGUUGGUUUGCCCGAGGGUGUGGAUCGUGCAUUACGUCGCUUCAAUCGUGGCGAAAAAUCGGCGAUUCAUUUGAAGGGUUCCCGUUUCACGUACGGCGCCCACCCUCCGGCUGAAUACAAUCUGCCACCGAAUGCCGAAAUUGACUUCACACUGUUCUUGAAAGAAUUCGAAAAGGUGAAGGCAUCCUGGGAGCUGACUGGUGAUGAGAAAUUAGAAGCGGCCGAAGCAGCAAAAGCUCGAGGAACGAUGUUUCUGCAGCAGAACAAAUACAGUCUCGCAUUGUCCAAAUACGCACGUGUUGUGGAAUUGCUCGAGUAUGAGAAAUCACUGGAGGGCGAGAAAAUGGACAAACGAAAUGCGCUGCUUCUAGCAGGGCAUUUGAACAGCGCAUUGGUACAUUCGAAGCAAAAUGAAACAAUGGAAUGCAUAAAACAGUGUGACAAAGCGCUCGAAAUUGCACCCAACAACGUGAAGGCACUUUAUCGUAAAGCAAAUGUUNGGAAGGAUUUAUUUCUGCAGGCUCUCCAACAACAAAACGAUAUCGAAGAGGCAAUUGAACUCUAUCAUAAAGUUAUCGAAUUUGAGCCCACGAAUAAGGCGGCUGUCCAACAAAUAGCCAUUUGCAAG